UUUAUUAGUGUUAGUGUCACCCUGCAAAGCCUGAAACAGUAAUUUAACAGAGGCAUCAAGCCAGAUUUCAUCAUGCAUCUUUACAUAUUAACUUCACAUGCACAGGCUUAAAAAGAAGGACUGGCUCAGUGUUUAGGUCUCAAAUGUAAAAUCAGCAUUAUGCUAAAUGAAGAUAACGAUGACAAUAGUAGGUAAUUCACUUACAUCCACGUUCACCAUGUUUUGACGGAGUUUUCUUUGAAUACUCUUUUAACACACUCUCAGUCAGAUUCAUGGGCUCAGGCAAGGGAUCUGAAGCACAACCGACCUUUCAGAAUUCACAUUGCAUGCAAUUACACAUUUCUACCACAGACGUCUCCAAAUCCCCAAAACCUCCAUAGUGUAGCUUUAAUAAAGCCUGGAUUAUGUUGCCAUUCAUCGUAACUGCUCUCAGAAGAAAUUUUAGCUGCUACCCAUUCAUAAACAAUAAUGACUAUAUUGCUUCAUUUUUUGAAAUUGAGACUCCUUUGAUAUGCUUGACUAAUUAGCUUUUCCUUUCUCGCCCUUUGAUCCUUUGUCAUGUUCAUACACUCGUUUAUUCAUAUUGUCCACUUGCCAUUUGUGCUUGUCCAUUGGCCUUUCGGUCACCAUUCCCAUGCUCCCGUCCUCGCUCUUCCUGGUCAGCGCCCGCCCUGUCUGGGCUCAGAGCUGUCCCUUCCGUCCUCUCCAGUCUCCUCCACCAAGGUGCGUCGGAGGCGCAGGGGGAGCAGCCGCAAGCGGGCGUCUUCAGUUAGUCCAGUCAAAAGCGCGGCAGGGCUUGAGCAGCAGAGGCAGGCACGGGCUGACCGUGCUGCCGCCCUGCUAGAGGAGCGUACCCUUCUCCUGUCUGCCCGAAAGCAGAGACUGGACCAGAACCACCGUCCCAGAGGAGGCACGCUCUUCUCCUUCUCCCUGCACCUGCCUGACAUGUCCUCGCUGCUGGACGAGGACGGCUACCUGAGCUUCCCCGACCUGUCUGAGCUCAACUUUCUGCCCGAGAGCCUCCAGCACUUCCUGCCCAUCAAGUCUCCCUCACUUGUGCCCUGUUUCCUCUUCAUCUUUUUCUUCCUCCUGUCAACUUCGUUCUCCGUGCCCUACUCGCUCACACUCUCCUUUCCUCUGGCGCUCUGCCUCUGCUACCUGGAGCCCAAGGCGGCAUCACUCAGCGCCUCACUCACCCAAACGUUCCAGGACAGCUCGGACGACGAGACAGACAGCGAGCAGACUGACUUUGGCUGUGAUGAUGAGUCAACAGCAACCGAGGUGUGUGGGCAUUGAUGCAUUGGUCAUGUUUAAUAUCCACAUAUGAAUAUUGACAAACUAGAAAGGUUUUGUUCUUUUGAUUAGCAUCGACAAAUGAAUUACUGUCAGAUAUCCAGAUGUUUUCCUCAAAAUGAAAGUCUUUUACCCAAAAUAAACUACUGGAGGCUUUACAGGUUUUUGGGAUCAUAUCUGAGUUAACUAUUCUUUCUUUGCUCUUUCCUCUUAACGUUUCUUAACUUUGGCUUUUAGUCUGAGCCAGAGGAUUCGGACGUGACAACACAGGUACUCCGUAGUAAUGUCAUAAUGAUCAUUAUGACCCUGCUGUGUCUCAAUAUGUUUUGUUCAAUCUCAUUGCAAUGCAACAUUCUGUCACAAUUCAUUCAUUUAGUCAUGCUGCAGUGUUGGAUAAUGAAUGAUGUUGUCAUCUUGUUUCAACAAUUUCUCAUCAAACCUUUAAUUUUUAUGUUGCUAUGUAUUUAAGGUUUGUGGCUAUACUUGCGCAAACUUGUCUUUAAUUGGUGUAUUAUCGUUUGUCCAUGAGUCUUAAUGAUAUUUCUUCCUUUGGGCUGAAAAGCUAGUUCUUCCCACUGUAGGUGAAAAGCACCUGAACUGUAUUCAAAAAAUAGCACUUCCAGAUUGUCUACUGAAAGGGAAAGAUCCUUUUUUUGUAACUCUUCCUUCUCU